CAACAUAAGUGUUAUCUUCAUCCACGUCGUGAUAGCUCGAGGCACUUGUCGAGGCUUAAGCAUAAUAGGUGGUUAUGGACUCUUUCUCUUCUACCUCCGGAGGCUUCCUCCAACCUGGCAUCACAUCCCCCACCCCGUCAGCUUCCACCGCGACACCCUCGCACCUUCCGAAACCCAGAGCCCAUCCGUUGCGAGCCGGGAGCACGAAAGAGACGGCCGUGAUCAACCAUAUCGACCAGGCCCUCCUUACCAUCAACCGGCGCCACGCGAAGAAAUUCAGCAGCGCCCUGGAGGAAACUCAUGGGAGCGGGACGAGCGGGUAUGAGAGUUUCAAGGAGGUCGCCACGGAUAUCGAUGCGAUUGUCGAUAUUCUCUGGGUGAGCGGCACGCCGUCACUUGAAAUUCCAUACCUGAUUUCGCUCGCGGGAAUGGUCACCUCCUAUCUACCCGAGUAUCCGUUCUCGGCGCGGCCCACGUUCCGGCUACUGAGGAAGCUGGAUACGGUGUUUGCAUCGCUUUUGCUGGGCGAGGAUGUAGACACGGGCGCUCCACUGCCGGGAUUUGAAGGCCGUCGCAAUCUUAUCUCUAUGACGGAGAAGGUGCGGAUCAAGAGUAUCGCUGAGACGUGUCGGAUUGCGGUCGUAGAAGCGAGAGAGACGCAAGAUGCGCCGAUUGAAGAGCUUAAUGACGACGAUGACGACGAUGCGGACUUUGAAAGUGAGAAUGAAAUGGCGGAUAUCUUGGGGGUUGAGGACUACGGCGACGCCCCGGGACGGUGGGAAAUGGAGGCCGCAAGGGUAUAUGAGAAGACUAUCCAACUGCUUGGAGACGAGCUCGGGAAACAAGGUGAUUUGUGUAAUAUAGAUGAGCUUGAUCAGCAAUCAUGAAACGACAUGUCUAUAUUCUAUGAUUAUACGUUUAUUACGGAGAUUCAC